CAGCCAUAAAGACACAAAAGGGGAGGGGUUUCAAGUUAUAAUCAGGAAAUGUUUCAAAAGUGACCUUUACUCUAACAAGGUCUGCUAACAAAGCAGAUAUCCACGACUAAAAUGGGUCUAGAAGAAUUUCAAAGCUUCCCGAAUUUUUGUGAGCACUUGAAAGACCUCAAAAGUCUAACAUUGAAGGAACGUUUGCUGCAAGUUUUCUUGGAGGAAGAUGUGAUGAUUGCAAAAGACGAAAUGCAGAGAAACUUGGACUGGGUGAAAGAGGAUGUGAACGACAUACUGCUCAAGCUAAAGGAGUCACAGGAGCAGGAAAAGAUAAAGGAACUGGAGAUAAUGGCGGAACGGCUGGGGUUGGAGGAGUCAGACAUGCUUUCCUUAAAUAGAGAGAAGAAAGAUAUACGAUUCUCCUCUGGCUUUCUGAUUUCACAGAACUACAUGAGGACCCCAACAGUGGACAACCCCAAUGAGUUAGACUGUUUGGUUCCUAUAAUAAUUGCAGAGAACGUGGAACACUUCUACACAGAGGGCACGGUUUUUCUGUCCUCGCAGUCUGAUACCGUCGCAUUCUCUUUCAUUGUUCUGAAUCCAAGAGAAGUUCAUAAAGUUUUUGAAGAACACGUGCUGUCAGCUACGUCAAAGAGACCCAUUGAUGUGUAUCGCUCGAAACCAAAUUCUCCUUCAGUAUCUGUGACUCUUAAGAGAAGAACUGAAAAGCUUCAUGUUGACCUGGUUCCUGUCCUUCAGAUUCCUUUCAGUGAAUACAAACACAUUGACUGGCCAAGAGCAAAGACACGCUGGCCAUCACAGGAGCUGAUUGCAAAAAGCAAAGAGACUGGAAUUGAUCUGGUCGCUAAGGAAGUCUGGAGGCCUACGUUCUCUCGUAUUGAAAACAUUCUUCUGGAAGAUAUUGACAGGGAUGGAGGACGACGGAAGGAUGCUUUGCAGAUUUUACUGCGAGUUUUGCAGGAGCGAUGGCAGGAUUUCUACAAAACACUCAGCUCUUACCAUUUGAAGACAGUCCUAUUCUGGGCUUGUGAAAAACAUCCUGAAUUUACCAAGUGGGAAACGUUGGAGAAAUCUUUGAACGUGCUUCUGGAUGAAUUAAUUCGCCGGCUGGAGUCCAGGGCUGUACCGCACUACUUCCUGUCUGAAGUGAAUCUGCUCAGGAGUACAGAACAGCUAUCAGAGCUCCUGCUCCAGGUGACAGAGCUGAGAAGAGACCCUGUCACUUAUUUGGAAAUACAAAAUGUGUUUGAAUACAGUCCUCUAGAUAUCGGCAAGUAUUGGUACUCAGUUAUGAAUUCCCAAAUCCGACUUUAUUCCCGGCAAAUUAAAUUUGGAGGUCACGUUUUUGUCUCCAGUGGACUUUUUGAAUAGCUCAUUAUUCCAUUUAUAUGUUUUCGUUAUUUUUUUGUCAUGGAACGUUUUUCAUUGUGACGUUUUGCAAUGCAAAUACAAUCUGUUGCUAAGAUCACUGUGUAUCAUUUUAAACAAAUGCUUAUUUCACACAUACUGAACAGCACUGUUAAAAGGUUUGGAAACAUCAAGUGAUUUAUAGCAAUACAGGGUGGAGAUCGCAUUGCCCAUAUUUCCUCAUUCAGACCCCUUACUAAACACCCUGCUAUCUCUGAAUAGAUAAUCCUCUCCUCUUUAACAAUAUGCUAAUAUUUUAAUGAGUAAGACCUCUCACAAGUAGACUGGUCCCCUGAAAUGUUCUCCUUGUUCUAGGAAAGCAGCACAGCUGGGGGUGGGGAGUUUUGCUGCAGGAUAACUUCACUCAGACUACCUUCUCAUUAAAUAUCUUGGCAUCCCUGAAUAGAAAACCAUCUCCUCUAAAAAUAUACUAAAUAUUUUAAUGAGCAGUCUGUCCCACAAGUGCCGUGAUCCCCAAAUACGAUCCUCUUACUAGUAGUGCGGACCGACUGGGCUUAUCAUUGCGUCUUGGUUUCUGGCUACGGACUGCCAAGGCAUGACCAGACUUGAC